AUGCCGAGAGCUUCCUACACACCGUACCUGGCACAGGUUACCCACCUCUCUCCCGGCAACACAAAGCCUAUAUUGUCCAUUUGGGAAACUACAUUUCCAUGUAAUUGCGGUUUUCUCCCUCAGGCUUUCCAGCAGCUUUCACAGCGAACCUUCAGCACUGCAGCCCGCCGGCGAGUGGAGAAUAAGGUUCCUGAGAAGCAGAAGAUAUUUCAGGCGGACAAUGGGUUGCCAGUCCAUCUAAAAGGUGGUGUGAUGGAUGCUGUGCUCUACAGGCUAACCAUGGGUCUCACUGUUGUGGGUACAGUCUAUGUUAUGUACGAACUCUUUGACAUUGCCCUACCCAAGAAGAAGUAAUAUCAGCUUGCAGCCAAGUUGGAAGUCUUUGUUUCACUCCACAGCCCUGUCUGAAUGUUAACCUGUAAAUUAUCAGGGACCUUAUUUUACAAGUGUCUGUUCACUGCUUAUGGGAACGGUCUUUAUUUGAUGAUGAAGCGUACAUAAUUAAAAGAAAAAGUGACUUAUCACA